AAAGGAUGGAUGUUAUUAUUUCUAGCAUCUGCCACCAUGCCAGCCAUCGUUCGAACACCAGUUGUACCAGGAGGUGUCAAGUCUUACUAUCAGGCCAAGAUAGAAGCUGCAGAACUCCUCAUAAACCAGAAAACUCAGAACUUGCGACGCUUGGAAGCCCAGCGUAAUGCUCUUAAUGCCCGUGUACGUCUACUCAGAGAAGAGCUUCAGCUGCUCCACGAACCAGGAAGUUAUGUCGGAGAAGUAGUCAAAGUGAUGGGCAAAACCAAAGUCUUGGUCAAAGUGCAGCCCGAGGGCAAAUACAUUGUUGACUUGGACUCAGAAAUCGACAUCUCAUCCCUAACCCCUUCCCUCCGUGUCGCCCUCCGUUCCGACUCUUACACCAUUCACAAAAUUCUCCCCAAUAAAGUAGACCCACUCGUCUCCCUCAUGAUGGUCGAAAAAGUACCAGAUAGCACUUACGAAAUGGUAGGUGGACUCGACAAACAGAUCAAAGAAAUCAAAGAAGUCAUCGAGCUCCCUGUCAAACAUCCCGAGCUCUUCGAAGCUCUCGGAAUUGCCCAGCCCAAGGGUGUGCUGCUCUAUGGUCCACCUGGAACUGGAAAAACACUUCUCGCGCGUGCUGUAGCACAUCACACCGACUGUAAAUUUAUUCGUGUUUCUGGUUCCGAGCUCGUGCAGAAGUAUAUCGGAGAGGGAAGUAGAAUGGUGCGAGAGUUGUUCGUUAUGGCAAGAGAGCACGCACCCAGUAUCAUCUUCAUGGAUGAAAUUGAUUCUAUUGGAAGUUCGAGAGGUGAGAGUGGGUCGGGAGGAGGAGAUUCAGAGGUGCAGAGAACAAUGCUGGAGCUUUUGAACCAGCUUGAUGGAUUCGAACCGACUAAGAAUAUCAAAGUCAUCAUGGCUACGAAUCGGAUAGAUAUUUUGGACUCUGCUCUGCUGCGGCCUGGUCGAAUUGACCGAAAGAUCGAAUUUCCACCACCGGGACCUGAGGCUCGUGUCAGCAUUCUGCGUAUCCACUCUCGAAAGAUGUCAUUGCAAAGAGGUAUCAAUCUCCAUGCUCUAGCAGAGAAGAUGGGCCAAUGUUCGGGUGCAGAGGUCCGUGGUAUCUGUACGGAAGCAGGGAUGUACGCACUACGUGAAAGACGGCAGCACGUUACACAGGAAGAUUUCGAGUUUGCUGUGGCGAAGGUUCUCAAGAAGAACCAAGAGGGUAACACGUCGGUCAACAAGCUGUUCUCGUAAUCUUUCGCAUUCUCCACAAUUUUAUGACAUUUUCAAUUUCG